CUCAUAUGCCAGUUCGUUCUCGCGUCAAAUCUCGGCAUAGGGCACAUUGAAUGGGGACAGUUCUAUACUCCAUUGUAGGACUGUGUUCCUUUGGGAUGGCAAACUAUGUUAGUUAAAUAUAAGCAGUGUACUGUCAACAAACAUGAUGACUUCGCUUUUUGAACAUCCAAGAAGUCAGCUAACAUUUCUUCCCGCUUUUCUUUUGCUAGUUUGUUUGGCACCUUAUUUUAAAAAGUAAGGCACUAGUCGGAGCGUGAGAGGCCGGUCAAAAUGGGCUUCCAUAGAACUGUUGGGCUGAUCGCCUGCGCGAUAGUGUUCGUAGUUAUAGCAGACAUCGCCUAUGGACAAAAGGCUGACGGACGAAGCAAGCCACCGUCAACAACGAAACCACCGAAACCACCGAAUGUACCUACCAAAGCAACCAAGCCAACGAAACCAGCCAGUGUACCCACACUUUCGACGAGACCAACAAAACCCGCCAAGCCACUGAAGAACUUAUUCCCACGGAACCCACCGAAGGUACCUACCAAAGCAACCAAGCCAACAAAACCAGCCAUUGUACCCACACUAUCAACGAGACCAACAAAACCUGCCAAGCCACCGAACAACUUAUUCCCACGGCCUCCCGGCCCCGUGCCUCCGUUUCCUCCUGUACCAGUGGUGCCAAUGCCGAAGGGGCCUUGGAAAGGAAUCUACAUUGUCUACCCACCUAUCGACCUUCGUCUGGCUCCUACAAGAGUUAAGUGGGACACCUUGUAAAGUGUUCUCAAG